UUGCUGGAGGCGUCAUGAUGUGUUGUUAUGCCCAUACGGAUGCCAUCAAUUAGUUACCUAGGCACCCGCUUCUCCAGAUGCUGCGGCAUUCAGCCACUGCCCGCAGGUUGAAUCCUCCGGGCUACGUGAUGUCCGUGUUCGGCGUGGACUGCACAACAUUGUCUUUUGGCGUCACACUGAUCCCGAUGCCGGCAGCUGGUCUGCUCGCCAUGCCGCUGAUAUUCUACAUGCUUGUCCGGCGCGUAGGCAUCGAAGCCGCCAUGGCUUGCGCCGCCUGGCUUCUGCUAACCACGGCCGCACUCGGCUUCUUCCUCGCAAGACUUCGUGCUGUCGAGCGAGUGAGCCUGAAAAAGCGUGACGAGCGGCUGAAGCGAAUGCUCGAGCUUCUCAACUCCAUCCGCACCGUGAAGAUGUACGCAUGGGAGCCAAACCACGCCAAGGUCCUGGAUGCACUCAGGUCGGAGGAGCUGCGCUGUGUCCUCAAGGUAGACAUCAUCAGCGGAGUUCUGGAGGCAUUCACCGGUGCCGCCAGUUCACUGCUCACAAUAAUUAUGUACGCCACCGUGUGGCUACUGCAACCCGCACGGAUGCUGAGCGCGUCAGAAUCCUUCUCCAGCGUCUACCUUCUGUCCCUCGUUGAAGCGUUCCUGAACAGCCUGCCUCUUCUCAUGAUCAUGACGAACAGGAUGUCUUUCGCCAUGAGUCGUGUGGUCAAGCUGUGCUGCGCUGAAGAAUCUGCAUGGGAAGAGGAAGAGAUGCCAGUAGAAAAUAAUCCUGAAGCAGGUGAAGUGAUCCUGGAGAAGUGUUCCUUCGCGAGGAUCAAGAAGCGCUGCGGCUCUGUGUGCCUGCGGGACAUCAGCUUGAGGGUCGCCCCGGGUUCUCUGGUGGGCAUCGCGGGACCUGUGGGCAGCGGCAAGUCCACCUUGCUCCAGGCUAUCCUGGGAGAACUGCACACUGUGCACGGUACCGUUACGGUGAAAGGUAGAGUGGCCUACGUGCCGCAAGUUGCCUGCGUGUUCAACAUGACUCUCCGGGAUAACGUGCUGUUCGGAAAAGCGUACGAGCCCGACCGCUACCGGGAGGUACUUGAAGCCUGCGCCCUGACGAGAGAUAUUGUCGUUACCGGCCGGAGAUCUGACCGAACUUGGAGAAAAGGUUGCAGCAAAGAAGUAGCUAGUGCCUGA